UGCAAAUUUAGACACAUGGAAAUGCAGCAAAACAGUAUUUCAUGCUUCUGGGAAACUCAACCUCUUGGUUGUGUGAAGAUCACCUGUAUGUUUUAUCACAGCAAACCUCGGAAUAUCAAUGGAUUAUUUUUGCCACCAAGUAGCAGUAUUAGACUACAGAAAGAAACUCAGCAAGGAAUUCCACCCCCAACCCAGAGUCAGGAACCCCUGAAACCUCAGAGGAAUAUAUCACUACCCAUUCACGCUCCUUUAGUUAUAAAAAUUAACUUUGAGGAAGAAGAGGAGGAUGAUGAUGAACAAAAUGAUGCAUCUAGUUUAUGGACAAUGACCCCUGAAGAAAUUGAAGAACAAAGAGCAAUAAAGGAGAUAUGUUACAAAUCUGGUGAAUACUACAGAUUUUAUACUUCUCCAGAUAUUUCAUCAUCAAAAAGCCUAACCUCUACAGCAGAAAUAGAAUUAGAAAAGCCUUUGGAAAAUGGCAGUGAAUUGCAAGAAGGGGAUGGUCUUACAGUUCCAAAAAAAUUUAGCCUAUGUGAAAAGCAAGGGGAGAUGAAAGCAUCAUUGGAUGGAAAACCAAGGACUGACCUUGCUGCUUUUGAAAAUGGAGGAGGUGACUGCCACGUCCGAAAGAGGAUCAUUGUGCUUGGAGUAGACAAAAAUAAAGCUUUAACUGAAAAGAAAGAAAUCACCGUGUCAAAACGUUCAGAUACUAAAGAUAACAAGGACAACCCUGAUCCAGAGUGUUCCCUGACUACCCAACUAGUAGCUACAAAGCAUGUAUUAAAUGCUACUGAGAAUGUCAGUGUGAAGUGCAGAGUGGAUCCCUCUUCAAUGUAUGAUGUCCAGCCAGUGAGGAAGCCUGAUUUUAAAGGUGUGAAAAAAAGGAAAUGGAUUUAUGAUAAACCAAAGAACUUUCCUGGCCAAGGAUUGCAGAGAGCGGUACAGGCACUAAAUCCCCAAAAUAAAAUGAGGGACCAUCGCAAUUAUAAAAACAGAAAUGCUGAAAAUGCAACCUAUAUCCAUGCUCAGAGAGAUGAUGUCAAACCUGUCUCGUUGAAUGCACCUUCUCACAGCAGGCCCAUGAACAGUUCCUACAAUAAAGACAAUGUUAACAAGGAACCCAAACCCAACCGCUGUCCUGAUAAAUAUAUGUCAACAUCAUAUAAUGGUUCAGCCUGGCAGAAAAGAAUUCCUUUUUCAAAAACAUAUUCAAAAACUGAGAAGAUAUAUACAGAGCCAAGAAGAAAUGGGAGCAAAUAA